GGAGGAGCGAAGUGGGCAUAGGGGGCGGCUGCACCCUCUCUUAGAUCCCCAGGCCUGGAGGGGGGUCUGCACACAGCCGGCUGGCUCUGCCCCUGCCCAGUCCGGUCAGAGCGGGCCUCCCUCGGGCCAUCCCGAUGGUGACCGGGCCCAGCGGAGCCUGAGCAAGGAACGGGUCCCUCGCGGAGCCGGAGAGCGGGAGGAACAUGACAUCGCGGAGAUGGUUUCAUCCAAAUAUCACUGGCGUGGAGGCCGAAAACCUACUGUUGACAAGAGGAGUUGAUGGCAGUUUUCUGGCAAGGCCCAGUAAAAGUAACCCUGGAGACUUCACGCUUUCCGUCAGAAGGAAUGGGGCCGUCACCCACAUCAAGAUCCAGAACACUGGGGACUACUACGACCUGUACGGAGGAGAGAAGUUCGCCACCCUCGCUGAACUGGUCCAGUACUACAUGGAGCACCACGGGCAGCUCAAGGAGAAGAACGGAGAUGUUAUUGAGCUCAAAUAUCCUCUGAACUGUGCAGAUCCUACCUCUGAAAGAUGGUUCCAUGGACACCUGUCUGGGAAGGAAGCGGAGAAGCUGCUGACGGAGAAGGGAAAGCAUGGCAGCUUUCUGGUCCGGGAGAGCCAGAGCCACCCCGGGGACUUCGUUCUCUCCGUCCGGACUGGGGACGACAAGGGGGAGAGCAGUGACGGCAAGUCCAAGGUGACCCACGUCAUGAUCCGCUGUCAGGAACUGAAGUACGACGUCGGCGGGGGAGAGCGGUUCGACUCGCUGACGGACCUCGUGGAGCAUUACAAGAAGAACCCCAUGGUGGAGACGCUGGGCACGGUUCUGCAGCUCAAGCAGCCCCUCAACACGACUCGCAUCAACGCUGCUGAGAUAGAGAGCCGGGUCCGAGAGCUGAGCAAAUUAGCUGAGACCACAGACAAAGUCAAACAGGGCUUUUGGGAAGAAUUCGAGACACUGCAACAACAGGAGUGCAAACUUCUCUACAGCCGAAAAGAGGGCCAGAGGCAAGAGAAUAAAAACAAAAACAGAUACAAAAACAUCCUGCCGUUCGAUCACACCAGGGUCGUCCUCCAUGACGGUGAUCCCAACGAGCCUGUUUCCGAUUACAUCAACGCGAACAUCAUCAUGCCUGAAUUCGAAACCAAGUGCAACAAUUCAAAGCCCAAAAAGAGUUACAUUGCCACACAAGGCUGUCUGCAAAACACGGUGAAUGACUUUUGGCGGAUGGUGUUUCAGGAGAAUUCCCGAGUGAUUGUCAUGACGACGAAGGAAGUGGAGAGAGGAAAGAGCAAAUGUGUCAAGUACUGGCCCGAUGAGUAUGCUCUGAAGGAGUACGGGGUCAUGCGUGUUAGGAACGUCAAAGAAAGCGCUGCCCAUGACUACACCUUACGGGAACUUAAACUUUCCAAGGUGGGACAAGCUCUACUCCAGGGCAAUACGGAGAGAACCGUCUGGCAAUACCACUUUCGGACCUGGCCGGACCACGGCGUGCCCAGUGACCCUGGUGGUGUGCUGGACUUCCUGGAGGAGGUGCACCACAAGCAAGAGAGCAUCAUGGAUGCGGGCCCAGUGGUGGUUCACUGCAGUGCUGGCAUAGGCCGGACAGGGACGUUCAUCGUGAUUGACAUCCUCAUUGACAUCAUCAGAGAGAAAGGUGUCGACUGUGACAUCGACGUUCCCAAAACGAUUCAGAUGGUGCGAUCUCAGAGGUCAGGGAUGGUCCAGACAGAAGCACAGUACCGAUUCAUCUACAUGGCCGUCCAGCACUAUAUCGAAACACUACAGCGCAGGAUUGAAGAAGAGCAGAAAAGCAAGAGGAAAGGCCACGAGUACACAAACAUUAAGUACUCCCUCGCGGACCAGACAAGCGGCGAUCAGAGCCCCCUCCCGCCUUGUACCCCAACGCCCUCCUGUGCAGAAAUGAGAGAAGACAGCGCCAGAGUCUAUGAAAAUGUGGGUCUGAUGCAGCAGCAGAAGAGCUUCAGAUGAGAGCCCCGCCGAGGCUCCAGCAGCAGAUGUGGACUUCAACUUCUCCAUGAAAAGAUCAAGAACAGGUGCAAGACAGUUGAUGUGAAGUGUGAACUUGAAACUUGAAGGCUUGCGUUGUGGUCGACUCCCCUUUGAUGAAUAGAAUGUGAAACCAUGUAAAGACCGUUUGUCUUCUCACUCAGCAACACCUGCCUCCCGGUCACUGCUUUGCUGAGAUGAGAAGUCCCCUCUGCACUGUGGACAGCGUCGUAUUUUACAGAGUUUCUAUUUUAAACCGAGGAGGCGGUUCAGUUGCGCUCUCUACUUUGCGGAUGGCGAUGCUUCAAAUCCUAGUUACUGGCAUUUGUUUUUCUUUGUAUAACCUUAAAAAAUGUAAUCUCCCCCCACUUUGUGGGGAGCGAUAGGGCAGGUGUUAGAGGGGAAAAUGGGGAAAAUCGAGUUAACAACAGUCUGUGGAAGUGAGAACGGUGUCAUUCAUCAUCACUGAUCACUAGUGGGUAAUCCAUUCUGAUGGCCUCUUUUGUUGGCUAAAUGAUAAUGAAGCCAUGGCCCCAGACUAUCAGGAGUUGACUGUCUUCUGCAUCACCAUUAAAAAAUCAUGGGAAUUUAGAAUGAAAGGCACGCUUUUUUCUUUGCAGAUGACCAAUGGCCAUUCAGCCUUUUGCCUGAGAAGGUUGUGGUGGGGAAACACUCGCCAUAUGUAUUUUUUUCAUUUGAGUGUUUAGGGAAAAGGCAUCUGUGACUAAGCAGUAUCUUGGUUAUCAGUUGUUGCCGACAGACCACCUCGGAACAUAGUGGCUUACCCUGAUUCUUCAUUUUUUCCUCACUGUCCUUGAAGCCGGACCGGGCUCAGCCAUUCUGUCCCUCCGCUCAUCUUGCUGGUGCCCCUUGCUGGUGGGCAGGUUGGCUGAGACACGGGUGGCCGGGCCUCUCUCCCUGCACACGGUCCUCGGUCAGUUCUUCAUGUGCUCUUUCCAUGGGGCCUCACCCGCAGGGUGGCUGCCUCUUGCAUGGAAGCUCAGAGCUCCCAAAAGUGUAAGGCAGGAGUGGCAGGCCUUCCUACGACUUAAAACCUGAACCGUCACAGCGUCACCUCUGCCCUCUAUUGAUUAGAGCAAGUCACAGCCCGACACAGACUCAGGAAGAGGGGACUUCACUGGGGUGUGAAGUGGAGGUGUGGUCGUGGGGGGUCUCCGGAGUAACAGACGGUCCGAACUAGUGCCCAGGGGGAAAAGCUAUUAUCAGCAGAAGUAGAAGCUGCUAGUGAGUGACCUGGGGAAGCUGGAGCUGCCCGUGAUAGCUGGUGUGGAAGCUGGACGUGAGAGAGAGAGAGGGGGCCUUCCAGACGCUUGCUGCACCGGUUCUGUGGGCUCAGAGCAUCUUUUCCUCACCAUCCCCUGGGAAAACUGGUCUCAUAAGGAUGGCUGUGUCAAGGGGGCAGAGCGUUUGAAAGCAGCACCUUGUCAGCAUGGCCCCCACACAGGGAGGCGAAGGGGCGCCUUCUUCACGCCACCGGUCUCCCGGGCAGUGGGCUGCGCAGGAAGGAGCGGUGCUCACGGGGCUGCUCGCCAGGUGGCCUAGGCAGGAGCCCAUUUCUGUUGUCACCGAGCAGUCAGACCAGCUGACGUGCUACCUGAAGUGCCUUCUCCAAAAACACCCCUCUUUGCCCCCGUGUGUUGAAUCAUUGUUCAGUGAGUGCAUUUCCAUUCAAGUCUCACUGGGUGACUUUGUGAAGAUCAUAAAAUGCUACGGCAUGGCCUCCUUUCUGGAAUUGUCCUUGCUCUUGCUCCUAGAUCUGGCCCUGGUGGUAGUUCCCCACUGAGGUCGCGAUCGGGGCAAGCAGUGGCUGCCAUUUUCACAGACACAGCGUACAGUGUCCCCCCCCCACAUAAACCCCCUCCCCAAGCCAUCGCACUUAAAAUUGCUUCAGGACACAGGGGUGGCCUGGAGGUGGUUACCUUAUAAGAGGAAUGCAAAUGACUACUGUCUUGCCAAGCCUGCAAAGAGAGAGAAUGAAUUUCAGUAUUCGCAACAAGGUCCUGAACCCUGUUCUUCUUUAUUGCAUUGUCAUGGGGAAGGGUCUUCCACUGGGCCUCAAUUUCGUAGGAAUGCUUCAACAGCAGAUUUCAGGGCCAGAGUCUCUCACCAGCAUACAAGGGUUUAAUAUAUAAAUAAACCUGCUACAUUCAGUCUCUGCCUGUAGCUGCAGAUUGGCUGCAGAUUGGUUGUUUUUGCACUUGGAAUGGGAGGAGCGGAUCUGGGCCAACCCUCUGUGUUCCAGGACAUCGAUUCCAUUUAGAUUUCCCUCCACCAGGUCAGCAAGCUGUCCUAUUAGGUCAGUUUUUGCCCAGACAAGGUUAUGAUUGUCCCUCGGUUGCCAAGGUUUGUUGUGUGUUUGACGAAAGGGGGUCGCAUCGCAAGUUCUUAGGUGAGAUUUCUCUCUGUGGGAUGGAAUCACGCAGGUGAAGAUGGGGAGCUGGAGGCGCAGGUUUAAAGAUGUGGAAAUGAAAGUCCCUCAGGGGUGUUUUCUGAGCACGCCCCAGGGCCCGGGGCCGGAACAGUCGGUCACAGCUGAAUCAGGUUAACAGCUGGAAAGGAGGAGCGCUAGACCUGUGUACGUGUUGGCUUCUGGGUUGCCGCUAGACAUGAAAUUUGCACAAUAUCCCAUAGCUGGUUGAAUAUUUUUAAAUUAUAAGCAUAGGAUUUUAUAUUUGGGGGGAAGACAUUAUCUGGCACAUGGUAUUCGGGGUUUUUUAAAAACAAGCCACAUUUCAGUCUUAAUAACUUUUAUAGAAAAUCAAAAUAAAAAUACACCUCAUACCCCGUGCGUGGUCCUCCUGAAAAUUAUGGCCAUUGGGUCCAUGGGAAUCAACGACUUGUCAGAUGUGGUUAAAUGGGGUUGAGAAAAAUAUAUGUGUGACUUUCAUGGUGUUUUGCAUUCUUUAAGGAGCCCAGUUGCUUUGGGAAAACCAAGAAAAUCAUCCAGAUUAUUUUUAGGGGUCAUUUUACCAGGGAUUUUACAACUAAGAUAAGGUCUCGGGUUAUUUCUAGUUCAGGGGAGUGUGGAAAGGUAUGCGGUUGUGGAGUGUUUUGCUGUAGCUUAUUAAUCCACAAGGGGAAUUUAGGCUAUAGGCAUAAGGAUAAACCCAGUACAGCUAGUUUUCUGUAAGUUGUUGAGGGAACGAGGUUUCGUAUAGCAAGCACAUGGCACCCCUGAUUCUGCAAUGCCUUUUUUAGAAUCUCUAUUAGCCCUAGAUUUUGUUGAUUUCCCUCCCCCCCCGCCUUCCUCUUGAAAAAUAAGUUCCCAAAUAUAGUUUAUUAUAUCUUCCAUUGUUACAACAUUUGUUUCUUUUCCCACUACGGGCAGCUCACUCCGUUGGGUUUUAGUGUGGUGCGUACCUUCGCAGUCUAUCCAGCUAACUUCUACAAGUUUUCGUCCUAAACCUCAAAUCAUGUGAUUAAUAAUUUGCCUGUUUUAUUUAUGACCUAGUUGUGAUUCUGUUAUUAAUAAAAGCUAGUGGGGAAGGAUCCUUUAUUAAGCUGUUGACUUAGACAUGCAUUUAAUUUUCCAGCAGUAUAUGAAGUAUUGUACCAGAGUAUUAAAAGCUAUGUAAUAUUUUAUUGAUAAAUCUAUCCUUUAAAAGGAAUAUGUGUUAGGGUGUCAUCAUUUUGAUGUGAAUCAUGUAAAUGUUGAUAAUAUGCACUGUUUAUUAUACACGUAGUGUUCCAAGAGAUUCACUUCAUUGCCUUUUCGCUCACGUACAUUAUGUAGUCUAUUUGCAAUUGUUUUUUAAGAAGUGACAUUAAAAGAAUAGUUUACGUAGAGAAGCUUUAGUGGAUGUUAAUUGUCUCCCCGCUUAUAUUUAUGGGUGUUAGUUCAACUGCUUUGCUAGUUGCGAAGCCCUAUUAUCAGAGUAAAAGUGUAUUUGUUAACUGUAUGGGAACUAAAAAUCAGGAAUAAAACCAUUUUCUUAUA